AUGUCGAUAUGCAUAAUUCUGGAGCCAAGCCAGAAUUUACUAUCACGAAAAUGGGGAAAAAUCAAGCCUACAAAGCGAUGCAAAGAUCUCGGUUUGGCUCGAGCUCCGCCGCGCCGGAUGAGGUCGAAGAUAGCAUGGUUUCUCUGCCGGGACUUACUAAUACAGACAUCUUGUUCCAGGCACUUUGCAGAACUUUGGAGUUAUGGGAUCAGAUGCAGAAGGGUUACAAAAGAACAUGUUUGGUGUGGGAUCAUGUUAGGAUGCAAGAGCUGUGCUGAUCCACAAGGAUUUCGCUAUGUGAAGAUUUCAGUAAGAUCUUCAAGUACUAAUUCAUUCACUUGGGAGGAGAUGAAGUGAACAUGAGUUGCUGGGAGAUAAAGCCUCGUGUUAGAAAAUGGUAAAAUCUACUGCUUCAGUCUUUAAUAAAAAUGCAGCGAGAGCAAGUCACUAUUGAGGUGCGCGAGCAGUUGGAGAAGCAAACUGAGUUGUCACGUGCGGAGUUGGAGAGGCAAAAUGCAGCAGCACGUGCUGAACUAGACAGCAAAAUGCGAGUUGCGCCCAGAUUUAGAGAAAAAAAAUAGGAGGUGGGAACGGUUGAUGAACGUCAGUGAAUAGGUUGACGAAAUGAUAAGUCAAAAAUAGCUCAAGUCUUUAUAAACUAAAAGUGUAAAACAAUAUUAUUGAUUUUAUAUAAUUUUUUAGUUUUGUUACU